UGCCAUUUCACCAAGUAGGAGCCAAAGGAGAGUUUGCAAAAUGAAAGCAUUAGCAAGACUUGUUCUGGGACUCAUCAUCUUUGAUGCUGCUGUGCCUGCUCCAACUUUAGAGCCCAUCAACUAUGACUCAGAAACUUAUGAUGCCACCUUGGAAGACAUGGAUAAUUUAUACAACUAUGAAAACAUACCUGUUGGUCAAGCGGAGAUUGAAAUAGCUACAAUGAUGCCUUCAGGGAACAGAGAGCUCGUCACUCCACCCCAACAGCCAGAGGAAGCUGAAGACGAGGAGGAGGAGUCCACCCCAAGGCUGAUUGAUGGCUCUUCCCCACAGGAGCCUGAAUUCCCCAGGGUUCUGGGUCCACAAACCAAUGAAGAUUUUCCAACCUGCCUUCUGUGUACUUGUAUAAGCACCACUGUUUACUGCGAUGACCAUGAACUUGAGGCUAUUCCUCCACUGCCCAAGAACACUGCAUAUUUCUAUUCCCGCUUUAACAGAAUUAAAAAGAUCAACAGAAAUGAUUUUGCAAGCCUAAAUGAUUUAAGGAGGAUUGAUCUGACAUCAAAUUUAAUAUCUGAGAUUGAUGAAGAUGCAUUCAGAAAGCUGCCUCAACUCCGAGAGCUUGUCCUGCGUGACAACAAAAUAAGGCAACUCCCAGAGUUGCCAACCACUUUGACAUUCAUUGAUAUUAGCAACAACAGACUUGGAAGGAAAGGAAUAAAGCAAGAAGCAUUUAAAGAUAUGUAUGAUCUCCAUCACCUGUACCUCACCGAUAACAACUUGGACCACAUUCCUCUCCCACUCCCAGAAAACCUACGGGCCCUUCAUCUCCAGAAUAACAACAUUCUAGAGAUGCAUGAAGAUACCUUCUGCAAUGUUAAAAAUUUGACUUACAUUCGCAAGGCACUAGAGGAUAUCCGAUUGGAUGGAAACCCUAUCAAUCUCAGCAAAACUCCUCAAGCGUAUAUGUGCCUACCUCGCUUGCCUAUUGGGAGUCUUGUCUAAAACAGACAAUGAUCACCAUUAUGUUGUCAGCUACAACAAAACAAUUCUUACUUCUGUCUUCACAAACAAAACUCAGCAUGAUAAUACUUUCAUAUUGUGUUCUGUAAUUUGAUAUCAUUACAUAAAAUGCACCUAAAAGUUUUAAGACAUGAUGGAAGUUAAAUAAUCUCAGAAAACACCACAUGAGUCAGGAAUAUAUUCCAAAAUAUGUAUAGAAAGUACAAAGCUA